AUGAAUUUUCUUUUUCGCAAAUCGUCGGAAUUAGGAGUAGAAGCCAAAAAAAGAAUCGAGAAAGACAAUGAAGCAAUUUACGAAAAAAUUAAUAAUCUCGAAUACAUUAAGGCAGUUUCGGGCGAGACUUAUGAGAAAAAAAAACUUUUUCAACGCUUAGACGACACUUUUAGACUCAACACCGAAGCUUUGCUAUAUCGAGUGCUUUUUGAAGCGGUGCCAAAUUAUGUUUUUAUUCCUAACGUUCCUGUUUCCUUUAUUUUCCUAGUUUUAUUAUUAGGACCAGCACUGAUGGCAGGAGGAAUAAACGAUCCGGUUUUUAUCGCUGGCCAUUUUACUCUUUACUACUUCACGGCCCUAAAACUAAAUAGCGAAAUUAAUAAAUUGGUUGACGGGAUAACCAGAUUAGAUGAAUUGACAAACAGUUUAUUAGUAGUUAAGAGAAGUAUAGCCAUUUUAAACCGGCCCAGCCCUCUGGCUCUACCGGCUGCGGCGAUUUAUCCGUGGGAAAAUGGUGAUAUUACUUUCGAAAAGGUAGUUUUUGCUUAUCCACAACGAACUUACCAAACUAUUUUGCAAAAUUUUUCUUUCUGUUUUCAACAAGGAAAAAGUUAUGGGAUUGCCGGACGCAAUGGUAUUGGCAAAAGCACUAUUACGAAAACUUUGCUGAAACUUUAUCCCCUCCAAUCUGGGCAGAUAUUGGUUAACGAGCGGAAUAUUCAAAAAAUAGAUACUACUUCUCUCCACGAAAGGAUUUGUUACCAAACUAAUCGGCCCGGCUUUUCUCGGCUCACUAUUGCUGAAAAUGUGUUUUAUCCCCACUCCUACCAAGAAGAGGAUUUAAACAAGUUAAUUACGGCUGCUCAGGCGGUGGGAAUUUGGGAAUUCAUUCAACAAUUACCCCAUCAGUUUCACACUUUACUGGAAGAGGGCGGCCGCGAAUUUUCGGAGGGACAAAAACAACAAAUUGCGGCCAUGAGAAUAUUUGUCCGUGAUUACGAUGUUUAUAUUCUUGAUGAAAUACUAAGUAAUAUUCACCCCAUGUUGAAAAAAACCAUGCUUCAUAAUAUUUUCGCUCGAAUAAAAGGUAAAACUGUUAUCGUAAUUGACCACCACUACGAGAUUUUUCAAUAUCUCGAUUAUGUUUACCAGUUUACUGCAAUACUACGUGAAGGAAGAAGGUCUACGGAUUGUAAACUUCUGUUGGCCGGGAAGAAAAAAAUGACGGUACCGGUCGAGAAAGCCACGACUAACUACGUGCCAGCAGUCGCGGUAAGACGUAGGUGGCGAACGUUAUCCGGAAUCAUUGGGCGUAAAGGGGCAGGAGAGGUUAACGGAACUCCCGGUGGAGCGGUGAAAUGCGUAGAUAUCGGGAAGAACACCAAAGGGGCGAAGGCAGUUAACUAUUCUGGUCCUGACAUUGAGGCACGAAAGCGUGGGGAGCAAAACGGAUUAGAUACCCCACUCCGCCUGGGUAGUACGCUCGCAAGAGUGAAACUCAAAGGAAUUGACGGGGACUCGCACAAGCACUGGAGCAUGUGGUUUAAUCCGACACUGCGCGUAGAACCUUACCAAGGCCGGUGUUUCGGCAAAAGGAGAGAAAUCGAAUGGAGGUUAUCCGGAAUACUCGGUGCUGCAUGGCCGUCGUCAGUUCGUGCCGUGAGGAGGAAGGAAAGGAUGACGUCUGGUCGUCAUGGCCCUUAUGCCUUGGGCGACACACAUGCUACAAUGGCUGCAACUCGCCUCCAUGAAGCCGGAAUUGCUAGUAAUCGCCAAUCAGCCAUGUGGCGGUGA